GAAGUAAACGCAUAGCUUUGUCCCAGUUCGCCCAAGGAACUUUGCUGCCGAUUUGGUUUGAAUUUCAUAUUGAUUCGAUUUAAUUUUGCACCGGAAAUAAGUAAGUAUUGUACACGCUUGCUAAUAGCUUUUUCUUCUUUUAGUUGGCUGCGUGGAAGGCGGCAGCAAAGCAGAACAAUGAAGGCCAUUAUUCAGCGAGUUUCGGCCGCAAAGGUUACCGUUGGCGAAGAGCUCAUCAGUUCCAUCGGUAAAGGUCUAUGUGUACUGAUCGGUAUAUCUAAUGAAGACAAUGCCAACGAUGUUGAUUGGAUGGCCAAAAAGCUGUUGAGCAUUCGCCUGUUCGAGGACCCUGCCGGCAAACGGUGGAAUCACAGCGUUGUCGACCAGCAGCUGGAACUGCUUUGCAUUAGUCAGUUCACCCUGUACCACCGGAUGAAGGGCAACCGGCCGGAUUUCAGCAAAGCCAUGCAAGGUCCCGACGCGCAGAAUUUGUACAACACGCUGCUGCAGAAGCUGGGCUCGCUAUACCAGGUGGACCGGAUCAAGGAUGGCAAAUUCGGUGCCAUGAUGCAGGUGCACAUUCAGAACGAUGGUCCUGUGACGUUGGAAAUUGAAUCACCUCCCCAGAGCCAACAAGAGCUGGACAAGCUGAAACGGGCGAACGAGCAUAAGGCGAAGAGUAAAAAGGGCGAUCAGCAGGGACAGGUGACAAAGGAUAAAUGUUUGGAGAAUGGGCAAUAAAAGACGUUUUUGUUUAGGAAUUUGAA